AUUACAACUUUCAUUAGGUAUUAUUAAAUUUUGCUUUAUUAUUAUUGAAAGUCAAUGUCAACUGUCAAGUAAUUACAACUUUCAAAUCAUUGUCGAAAUAUAAGCUUCCAGGCAGGUUAUAGUUUUGUGAAAUGAAAACAAUGCCAGUUAGUUACUGUACAUAAAACAAUGGGUUUCCUGACUAUUUUAAAGAAACUACGUCAGAAGGAAAAAGAAAUGCGUAUACUGAUGCUAGGUCUUGAUAACGCUGGCAAAACGACAAUUUUAAAACGUUUUAACGGAGAGCCGAUUGACACCAUAUCUCCAACACUUGGCUUCAAUAUAAAAACUUUGGAACAUCGAGGAUACAAACUUAAUAUAUGGGACGUGGGUGGGCAAAAAUCAUUGAGAUCAUAUUGGAAAAAUUACUUUGAGAGCACCGAUGGAGUCGCUUGGGUUGUGGAUAGUGCUGACGCUAGGAGAUUAGCAGACUGUGCUAAGGAACUACAUUCACUGCUCAGAGAGGAGAGAUUGGCUGGUGCUACACUACUGGUUUUGGCCAAUAAGUCAGAUCUUCCAGGCGCCUUGACACUUCAGGAGAUUAGAGAGGCACUUGAGUUGGAUGGCAUAAAGACACAUCACUGGCGUAUUUUGCGUUGUUCAGCAGUCACAGGAGAGAACUUGCUAGAGGGGAUGGAUUGGAUGCUUGAUGAUAUAGCAUCCAGGAUAUUUACCCUUGACUGAACAAUAUAAGUUAGCUUUAUUUGCUGAUUGAUUAAUACAUAUUGCAUUUAUAUUAACUUUAAAAUAUUUAAAAUGAAGUAAUGGAAUUUUUUUCAUUUAUGGCCUUCCUUAUAAACAUUGUUUAGCAGGUGAUUAAACAAGGCUUAAGUGUUUAACUAAAAAGCAAUUAAGCAAGUUUUAUAAGUAAAGCCAUUAAGCUUAACACAAUAAUGUAGUAUGGUUGCUGAAAAUGUAACAAAUAUUAAAAAGUAAAAUAAAUCUUUUUAUUAAGUAUAUUAUUUAUUCCAUUACAAAUAAAGAAAUUCCAACUUACCAUUAAUCUUAAAUGCAUAAUGAAUAUCACACAGUGUCUUUUGUACUUUAUUCUUGUUAAUUUGAAAAUUUCAUGCAAACUGUGAUCUUUAUUUUCUCAUUAUAUUUCUUACUAAUA